AUGGCGAAGGGACGCAACGGCAAGAGCGGCAAGAAGACCACUGACAAUGCUCUGGAUAAGGACGUACCUGACUUACCUGCGAAGGAAUCCGCUGACAGCGGGAAGCCUCUCUUAAUUCCCGCUUCUGCGUCUGUGAUUGGUCCUUUUGAAGCCCCACCGGAGCUGCCGAUCGCAAGUGAGCAUGACGCUGGUUCACGACAAGAGAAAGCUGACGGGGAGGAGAUUGCUGAGGGAGAACCUCGUGAGGGGAUUGAUGCUGAAAGCGCUGAGAAUGACGGUGAUGAUAACGCGCAGCCGGCUGAAACCCCUGAUGACGAAGACGACGGUUACCUGAGUGAUGACUCUGAUGAGCAUCUGGAGCCAGACUCGCUUUACAGUAUUCUUGCUCUGAAACGCUUUUCACUAACCUUGUUGGUGCCGAUUUCCAGUAAGGUAGAAGUUAAGCGUGCUGCUAUCACUGUUGCUGCGAUGUUGAACGAUUGGCAAGAAUUAUUAUCGCCGGACGUGCUUCAAACCACCACUUACCAGGACCUUACACCGAUGUACCUCUCCCGUGAGCGCUACGGCCGUCUGCAAGUUACAUUCAACCACGUUCGAGAUGCAAACUUCGUUUGGAGCCAGAUCAUUCGUCAUGAAUGCAUCAAUGGCGAUUUCAUUGACCUCACCUGGCAGCACCCUGAGGAUGCGCGCUUCUUGCGCGAGCGUGUGCUAAACCCCACAACAAAGGAAGUGGUGAUUAAAGGCGUACCAGGAAUGAUGACGGCGGAACUGUUUCGUUGCUUGUUGGUGGUGUCGAAGCUGGUCAAGCGUGGUAGGAGUGCGUUUGCCAGCGGUUUUGGCUUCCAUCGGACGGUGGACCCGGUGUCUGGCCUGUUCAUCCCCCAUGCCGAUGAUGAGUACCGCUGGAGGUACUUUGUGGAAGAUCCGACUACGGGAAAGCACCCUGCUGUUAUCCUCACCUCCACCGGUGGAGCACGAGAGGAAUGGGUCUGCGUUCAGUCAGCGUGCGAAAAAGCGCAAGGAAAUCGGUUCAAGCAGGCAUCGGCCCACAUUGCAUCAGCUCGUCACAAGGGGGGCAUGCGGAAGGAGGGAUCAGCAACCCGUGCCAGCAAGUUCUCCCAGAAGCUGCUGGCUUUUAAGAAGGAGUACAUCGUGAAGCCGUUGAAGUAA